AUGGGAAUAGACUUAUUCAAGAAGAAGUCGUAUGAUGUAUCAAGUUUGAAAAGAGAACAUGAGACCCUAAUUUCUGGCCUAAACAAUGAACAGAGAAUAAUCUACAAUUCUAUAAUGGAAGCUGUUGCUACUGAAAGAGGGGGAAUGUUUUUUGUCUAUGGACAUGGUGGAACGGGUAAAACGUAUCUUUAUAGAACCAUCAUGUAUGGUAUAAGAUCAAAAGGCAAAAUUGCUCUUGCUAUUGCGUCUUCAGGAAUUGCUGCUUUGUUGCUUCCUGGUGGAAGGACUGCUCACUCGAGAUUUCAUAUCCCAAUUAAUGUAAAUGAUGACUCUACCUGUGACAUAAAGCAAAGAACACAAGCAGCAGAACUUCUCUCAAAAACAAGCAUUAUACUUUGGGAUGAAGCACCGAUGGCACAUAGGAAUUGUUUUGAAGCUGUUGACCGCACGUUACGAGAUAUACUACAAAUUAAAGAUCCUCAAAAUGCUGAAAAACCUUUUGGUGGUAAAGUUGUAGUUCUAGGGGGUGAUUUUCAACAAAUACUUCCAAUUGUGAGAAAGGGAAGACGAGAAGAUAUAGUCCAAUCCUCAAUUAGCAAGUCAUAUCUAUGGAAUGAUUGUAAUGUCUUUAAACUCCAAACAAAUAUGAUGCUUCUACAGAACAGUAUGAGUGGAAUAGAAACAUCAUCUAUAAAGGACUUUAGUGAGUGGAUUCUUAAAAUAGGUAAUGGUGAAUUAGGAGAAGGAGAUGGGGAUUACAACAUUUCAAUUCCAAGUGAUUUGAUUAUCCAACCUUCAGAGAAUCCAAUGCAAAAUAUUAUUGACAACACAUAUCCAGGUUUGGAAAAUAAAUACACAGAUCCAAGUUACCUACUGGAUAGGGCAAUUCUUGCCCCUAAAAAUGAAGUUGUAGAAGAACUAAAUGACUAUAUUGUGUCAUCCUUAAAUGGAGAAGUUCAUGAAUAUCUAAGUUCAGAUUCUAUAUGCAAGGCUUCUUCAAAUGUUCCUGACCAAGAUCUCCUAUAUACUGUUGAAUUUUUGAACACGUUGAGAUUUCCAGGAUUGCCAAACCAUAAACUGACAUAA